UCUCCCGUCCCGCUCGAGCGGCGCCUAGGCCCCGAGGCCCGCCUCCAGCCGCGGGGUGCCCCGCGGCUCCGCCUCUUUGUUCCGGGCCGAGCUGGGGCCGGCCCGUCUCCGGCCCCACUGGUCCCUUCCCAGGAAAGGCAGUGUCCGGAGCGCUGCCUGCCCUCGGCCGCCCUCUGCCUACUGCAGCGGGGCGCCUUCGGUUGUAAGCGAAACCGUAAGUGCCCCCCGUGUGAGCCGCCUGCUGGCAGCCUCCUCGGGGAGAGCUGCCCCCUUCCUCGGUGCCCAGCUUGUUUUGGCUCCCGAUGCCAGAAGUCUCGGUGAAGGAGGCGGCGGGAUUUCUUUUCCCGUGAGGAGAUGAGUGCAUCUUACUGCUGCUUUAUUUCUGGAGUAGGAAACUAGCCAUGUGCACGCUUGGAGCACUUGGUUAUGUGGCUGAUCUGCCUUGUUCUAACAACAAAGUCCCUCUGAUUUAGGCAUAAUUAUUGCGGGCAAGACUGGGCUUCUGCUGAUGUAUUAUCGUAGUUCACGGGAGCCUUCUCCGGAUGAAAUAAUCCCUGUUGGCAGAAGGGGUUGAAACCAGAGAUUGGAGAAUGAGGUGAUGGGUCUGUCCACAGCUGGGAAUUGGGGCUCAUUCUCCACAUCAUUCAGUUUUUGGUUUCUGCCACUGUGCUGCAGAAGCUGUCUCUCAUGCUUGCCUUUUGUAUUUUUUUCAGGUGUGCAGAUAAAGCAGCUGGUAAAGAUCCCAAAGAAGAGAAGGAAGAGGAGGAAGUGUCCAGUGCCCUCAGCCACGGCUCUCCUGUCAGCACAGCCAGGCCGAGCAGAAGCUGGCGCAGCAGCAGGGCGGCCCGCCAGCGUGACGCUGAGAAUUCGCGCGCCUCCAGAUCCAAGACUGGUUCCCUGCAGCUCGUCUGCAAGUCAGAGCCAAACACAGACCAACUGGAAUACGAGGUCACAGAAGAGCAUCAGUCUCCAGCUGGAAUCAGCGAUGAUGAAGAGGACAUGCUCAUCAGUGAGGAAGAAGUUCCCUUCAAAGAUGAUCCAAGAGAUGAAACCUACAAGCCCCAUCUAGAAAAGGAAGCGCCAAAGCAAAGGAGAAAAGCUAGCAAGGGGAAGGAGGAAAAGGAGAAACAGAAGGAGAUUAAAGUGGAAGUGAAAGAAGAGAGUGAGUUUCGGGAAGAUGAAGAACCACCAAGGAAGAGGGGAAGGAGGAGAAAGGAUGACAAGAGCCCAAGGCUGCCCAAGAGAAGGAAGAAGCCUCCGAUACAGUAUGUCCGCUGCGAGAUGGAAGGCUGUGGCACAGUCUUGGCUCACCCGCGUUACCUGCAGCAUCACAUAAAGUACCAGCACUUGCUGAAGAAAAAAUAUGUGUGUCCUCACUGCGCUCGACUCUCCCGACUCCAGAAGCAGCUCCUGCGGCAUGCCAAACACCACACAGAUCAAAGGGAUUACAUCUGUGAGUACUGUGCCCGGGCAUUUAAGAGUUCUCAUAACUUGGCGGUGCACCGAAUGAUCCAUACAGGCGAGAAGCCCUUGCAGUGUGAGAUCUGUGGAUUCACCUGCCGGCAGAAGGCUUCCCUCAACUGGCACAUGAAGAAGCAUGAUGCGGACUCCUUCUACCAGUUCUCCUGCAACAUUUGUGGCAAGAAAUUUGAGAAGAAGGACAGCGUUGUGGCCCACAAAGCCAAGAGCCACCCUGAAGUGCUUAUUGCUGAAGCACUGGCUGCCAAUGCAGGUGCCCUGAUCACCAGCACCGACAUCCUGGGCACUAACCCUGAGGCCAUUGCACCACCCACCGAUGGCCAGGGCCUCCCCCUUCUUCCCGACCCCCUGGGAAGUGCUGCCCCAGCAGAUUGCCUGUUGCUGAACCCUGACGGGAUGCCGAAGACGUACUGCGGUGGGGCAGAGCGCGUGAGCCUGGUGGCUGAUGGCAAGCUCUUUGUGGGCAGCGGCAGUAGUACAAACCCGGAGGGGCUGGUCAUGAACACAGAGAUCCUGGGAGCCACCACAGAGGUGCUCAUUGAAGAUUCAGACUCCACUGAACCGUAGUGGGUGGGGAGCCCAUGGGUGCUGGGACAGUUUGGACUCUGUAUUUAAAAGGAAAAAAAAAAAAAAAA